AUUUGACUGAGAUGUACCACCUCCCAGAGCCAGCACAUCCCCUUCAGUGUAUGGGAGCGCUGUGUGAGAGCACCACUCUCCUCUCAGUCUGCGUUCCUCUCUCGUCAUCCACGGGCUCUCUCGGCUUCCUCCCUUGCCUCCUCUUUGAGCUGCCCCCUCCCAUCUACCUCUGUCUCUGUGAUUCUGCCCCACGGGGAGAGAUAGGAUCUGUUACACACAGCGCCGGGCUGACCAAGAGCCCAGAGCCUUUUGGAGCUGCAGAUCGUACUUCGGUGUGUGGGUGCUCGACACAGUUAGCACCUGGAAGGUGCUCAUACUGCUGGAGGUGUGACAGUCCCUGCCCAUCACGCAUUGAUUCACAGGAUUAAGCUUCUACAGGAUGCUGCAGGCAGAGGGCUUGGCACAGGUGAUUUACCUUCCCUGUCAGACAUAACCACUUUGGACGCCUCCACUUCUCUGCUAAGGUCUUCCAAAGAGACACGACUCAGAACCUUUGGCCAACCAUCACACCUAAAGGGAUGACUGGCAGUCGUCACUUGCAGGAGUAAGAGAGGAAGCAAUGGGCUGGACUAUGACUCUGAAGGAUGACUUUGGGGUCAUUGCCUGGACACGGCGAGCUGGGAACUUCCUCAUCUUCUUCCUCGCCUUGUCUUCAUUUUCUGCUCCAGUCCAUUCUGACAUCUCGCUUCCGAACAACCAUCAUUUCUCAUGGAAAGCAGGCCAGUGGAGUCAAUGCAUCGGAGAAGAGUGUGGUUCCGAUGGAGUUCAAACCAGAACACUGUGGUGCGUCCACAUGGAGGGCUGGACUACCCAUCACUCGCACUGCCAGCACAUGGACAAGCCAGAAAGCAAGAGGCAGUGCUUUAAGGUCUGCGACUGGCACCAAGAUCUAUUUGAAUGGGAGGUUUCUGAAUGGGGGGGCUGCGUGCUUGUUCCUUUUUUCUCCAAUGAGCUCAAGCUGAGGACAACAGAGUGCAUUACAGCACAGCACGGCAUUCAGAGGCGCCACAUCCACUGUGUGCGCACUUCGAAUCGAAGCUCAGUCAGCUCGAGGAUAUGUGAGUUCUUUUCCCAGAAGCCCCCCAUGGAGCAGGCGUGCCUGAUCCCAUGCCCCCAGGACUGUGUGGUUUCAGACUUCACUUCCUGGUCGAGUUGCAGCAAAACAUGUGGCGCUGGUCUGCAGCAUCGGACUAGACACAUCCUGGCCCCACCAAUGUAUGGAGGGGCGGAUUGCCCAAACCUAACUGAGACCAGAACUUGUUCGAACUCUAAUGAAUGCCCAGUUGCAGAGGGUGAGCACCAGUACAGCCUUAAAGUGGGGGCCUGGAGUAAGUGCCGACUACCCCAUCAAAAAGACACCCUGUUAAAUGGAAGGACCACGGUGGACUUUAGUACAAAUUCCAAUGAGAACAACACUAUAAACUUCUACAUGCUGGCUUCUCACCAUCACCCCUCUCAUCACCAUCACCACCACCAUACUCACGUGCACAUCAAGUACCCCAUGUCAUGGGAGCAGGAGGUGGGAUAUCAGACACGACAAGUUCGCUGUGCAAGAGGUGACGGCAAAAACGUCAUGCUGAGUCUAUGCACAAAGGACACCUCCCCUCUGACCUACCAGGCAUGUUUGAUGCCCCAAGACUGUCAGACAUCCGAUUGGUCAUCGUGGGGUUCCUGCUCUAAAACCUGCCGGUCCAACGAUCUGUCCCCCGGUUACCGCCUCCGGUUACGGGUCAUGACACAGAUCCCACGUGGUGAUGGGACGCCGUGUCCAGUCCUUGAGGAAAAGGAAGCUUGUAACAUCAUCGGGGAUUUGCUUCCAAAGUGCCCCAGGUACAUGUGGAGAGCCACAGAAUGGGGUGAAUGCCGCAUCCUACCUUUACUGAGCCAGCAGGACCGGAGGCAAAUUAAUGUCAGUAUUCUGUGUGGAGGAGGGAUCCAGACAAGGAAGACCUACUGUGCUCAAGUUCCUGAUGAUUCAGCACCACAUCACAGGAAGGAAGUGUCCAGGCCUGUGAACGCCCAGCUGUGUGAUGGGGAUGAGCCUCCCUUGGCCGUUCAGAACUGCACCAUUCCCUGCCAGCAACCAGGCUUGCUCUCACAGUGGUCAGCCUGGAGUGCCUGUCUACAUGAGGACUGCAAAGACCCUCAAGGCAAGAAAGGUUUCAGACAAAGGAGGAGAGAGGUGUUGUGGGAGUCCAGCGGGACUCUGGAGACUUGCCCUCACCUGAUGGAGUUCAUCCCCUGUGAGGAUCCUGCCUGCUACCUGUGGCAGGUCCAGCAGGAGGGAAGAUGCAUCCCCAUCAAUGGCUCCUGUGGUUCUGGAACUGCAGUCCACAACAUAACCUGUGUCAACACUGAAGGAGAAGUUGUAGCCAGCGCCCAGUGUGUGGAUGACCCUCCACCCACAGAGGAGAGUUGUGAGGUGGCCUGCUCUGCAGACUGUGUGGUUGGCUCCUGGUCCUUCUGGUCGGCCUGCUCGCACAGCUGUGCCACAAAGACCGCUGAGGGCAAACAGAGCCGCACUCGCACCAUUUUGGCCAUACCAGGCACCGACGGCAAAGCUUGUCCAGCAGCUCCAGCCCUGGAAGAGUGGCGAGUGUGCAACAACCAUCCUUGCUCUGUAUUUUACUGGAACGCCUCAACGUGGGGACCCUGUUUCGCUGACGUUAACGCAACAAGCUUCUGGAAUGAGACGUCGGGCUGUACCGUUGGUGUCCAGCGUCGUAAAGUCAGCUGCACGAAGCAGAACGUCGGUCCUGUGGUGAACAAAAGGUGUUUAGAUUCUUCUCGUCCAGAAACGGUUCGACCCUGUUUGCUGCCCUGCAGGAAGGACUGCGUGGUGACCCCGUUCAGUGAAUGGACAGCCUGUCCAUCAACAUGCCUCACAGAUAAUUCCACCGCUGUCUCUCAGUCUCGGUACAGAACCGUCAUCCAGAGGGCCGCCAACGGAGGACAGGAGUGUCCCGACACAGUGUACGAAGAAAGGGAGUGUGACUCAGUUCGUGUUUGCCCAAUUUACAGGUGGAGGAUGCACAAGUGGCACAGUUGUACUCUGGUCCCCGAUUCUGUUAGACGAGGAUUAUCUGGAUCAGGGGAAGCCUGUGGAAAUGGUUUAGAAACAAGAGGAGUCAGUUGCAUUGGGGAGAAUGAGGAACCAGCCAACAUGACAGAGUGCUUGCAGUGGGCAGGCCCCUCCCCCCCUCUAAUCAGAGAGUGCCGGGUAGCUUGCAAGGAUGACUGCACUCUAACUGCAUGGUCCAAGUUUUCUGAAUGUGCUGGAUGUGGCAGCUCGCAAACUCGCAAGCGCUCACUUUUAGGUCGCAGCAAAAAGAAGGAGCAUUGCCUGAAUGAGGACGUGUACCCACUGGAAGAGACGGAGACGUGUCCCUGUGAUGAGUUUUUAUCCCAGCCCUAUGGGAACUGGUCUGCGUGCAUCCUGCCAAAUCCCUCCUCCUACGAGUCUCUGCAGGGCUGGAUGAGUCACCGGGAGCUAAAGGAAUGUGGCCAAGGUCUGCGCUACAGAGCUGUGGCCUGCAUUAACCAGCAAGGACACCUGGUUAACCCUACACUCUGUACAGACACAGGCUACACUGUGGAGGUCUGCCACAUUCCUUGCCCUCUUGACUGCAAGCUCAGUGAAUGGUCUGCCUGGUCAGCUUGCAGUGCGUCCUGUGGCAGCGGGCUGAAGAUUAGAUCCAAGUGGCUUCGGGAGAAAGCAUUCAAUGGCGGACGACCGUGUCCCAAGCUUGACUUGAAGAACCAGGUGUACGAGGCGGUGCCGUGCAAUGGAGAGUGCAUCCAGUACGAGUGGAGGAUCGAGCCCUGGUCCAUUUGUACCAUCAGCACCAUGGACGACCUGCCAGCCUGUGGGGAGGGAGUCCAAAGCCGCAAGAUCAGGUGUGUGAAGAAGGGAGAAACGGGUGGAGAGAACGUUACUGUGGAUGAUGUUCUGUGUGAUCAGGAGGAAACACCGCCCAGAGCUCAGGUCUGCUUAAUAUCCUGCCCCAACGACUGCGUUGUCUCCCCCUGGGGGCCGUGGAGCAGCUGCCCUCUGGAAUGUGACCGUGGAUCCACGAGGAACAGAAGCAGACGCAUCCUCCGCCUCCCAGCGCCCAACGGCACAUCCUGUCCAGAACUGGUCCAGUCAGAACCUUGUGUUCUCAACAGUACCUGUUUCACAUACCGGCACAAAGUCUCAGAAUGGAGUACGUGCCAACUGAGUGGACAUGCUGUGUGUGGUCACGGUUCACGUUCGCGCCACCUGGACUGUGUGCAGAGUGAUGGAAAGGUUGUGGAGCUGCAGAUGUGCAAGCAGUUUGGUUUGAUCAACAAGUUGCAGCUGCUGGAGAGCUGUGCGGUCGACUGUCCUGUCAGCUGUGUGCUGUCUGAAUGGUCGCCGUGGGCGGAUUGCUCCCACACCUGUGGGAGCCGAGGUCACUCGGAGCGCACCCGGAGGAUCCUGCAGGAGGCUCACGAGGAGGGUCGUCCCUGUCCCACCCUUCUCAGCCAGACCAAACCGUGUCCCAUAAGGCCGUGCUAUAUGUGGUUACUGGGCAACUGGUCUCAGUGCACCGUAGAGGGAGCGAAGUGCGGUGAGGGGUUACGGAGAAGGAACCUGACUUGUGUCGUCCAUUGGGGUCACUGGCACGAGUCUCCUCCUCAGCCGGCGGAGAUGGAGCUUUGUGGAGACGUCCUGAAGCGGCAGCUCCAACAGGAGAUGGAGCAGCCGUGCUUCGUCCCAUGCCCAGGAGACUGUCAUCUGACUGAGUGGUCGUCUUGGAGCUCCUGCCAGCUGACCUGCCUGGAGGGGAGGAGUUUCGAGUCUACCGGUCGCCAAGCUCGCUCGCAAGCUGUGAUCAUUCAGGCUACGGAGAACCAGGGCAGCUGCCCACAUCAGGUCUUUGAGACGCAGCCUUGUGAAGGAGGAAAAUGCCACUCUUACCAGUGGAAAACCGGAGGAUGGAACAACAAUGAGAGGGCAGUGUGGUGUCAGCGCUCAGACGGAGUUAAUGUUACAGGGGGGUGUUUCCCGCAGAAACGGCCAACGACACUUCGACACUGCCACCCUCCGUGCACAAAACCGUUCUCGCACUGCACACCGAGCGGAGUGUGUGGCUGUGAGAAGGGCUACACUGAAGUGAUGACCUCGCAUGGUUUUCUGGACUACUGCACUAGAACUCCGGGGGUGGACAACAGCAAGAAAGCCGAUGUGAAAACUAACUCCGGAAGAUUAAAACCCAGACCAUCUCAAGCCAACGACCUCUUCAGUGAGUGGACCUUACGACCUGUUAGCCCAGAUGGGAGAGUAAAGCUGUGGGUUUACGCUGUGACGGUGGUUGGAUUCAUCGUAAUACUCUUCGUUAUUGCGCUGUCGUUCCUAGUCUGUAAUCCGUACAAGACCACGAAGGCGUCUCCACCUCAGAAGCCUUUGACUCUUGCCUAUGAUGGUGACAUGGAUAUGUGACCGAGCUGCCAUACCUCACGUAGACACGCCUGGCUUUGGACAAACUUCUGGCCGUGCUCUGAUUGCUAGCACGUCCCGACCUGUUGAAGGCGGCUCAUGGGCGGGACGGCUGAGCCGAGAGCCAACUGACGAUGAUCACUCGGGGGUGUUUGCUGCUGAUGAGUGAUGUAGCUCAUAUUUUUUGGCUACUGCCAGCUCGAAGAAGCAGAACCAAAGCCAAUCCAAGGGGAGAGUGAGACAUGGACCUCAAGUUUUUAUUUUUAUUUUUAAUAACUGCUUGCGACACGAACACAGUUGAAGCAUCGCUUGCAAAUGACAAAACAAAGACUGGAACAACAAACAAAUCUAUAAGGAUUUCUUUGUGUUUAUUUAUUCAUUGGGGGCUCUUAAUGUCUUGAAGAAAGGCAGAAGAUCCAGAGUCUACCUGGAAUCUUCAAAGGCCCCUUGAGUUUUCCUCAUUAGCUCCGGAUCGCUGUAAAAGGAAGAGUCACGAGCCCUUUGGGUAACUCAGCAGCCCGUCGUUUAUUUAAAUAAUAAACAAGAUGGCUUAUGCACUACGUUAGUGCUGAUUCAGUUGACUUGUUUCUUUCAGAUGACUUUUCUAGUGUUUUAACUGUAAUGCAAGCUUUUGCUGUCCAGUUGUGUGUUGUUGAUGAUGCAAUACGUUUGUGUUUACGUGGAAACCAAAAGCAAGCCUGUUGUUGAGUUUAAGGAUGCAAUGAUGCUGUUAUUUCUCUUUCCUCGUAAGAAACGUGGCCAGAUGAGAAAAUUAGACACUGAUCUCAAAAUGUAACCCGUCACUGAAACAGUUCUGUUCAUAAAAAGAAAUGAAGCUAUUAAUGCAAACCAGCAGCGUAAAGGUCAUACCUCAUGUUCACUUUUUUCACAAGAUGCAAAUCCUAACGGCACUGAUCACCGACUUCAUCCACUUGGUUGCUUAGCGAAAUAAAUGUUUUAGAUUUAUUUUAUUUUUAUUUUGUUAUAAAUGUCCUUGCUUUGCCUGCAAACGUUGAAUUUGCAACAUGAAAUGUUGAAACUACCAAAUUUCCUCGUAGCAGUUUUCAAUCCCGGGUCUUUUUACGCCAGCAUAGAGCUGCCACCCGUGCAAAGAUAAAAUUAGAACGAUAUCACAUUAUGAGGAUAUAAUAGGAUAGAGUCUCACAUCGGGACUAUAUAAUCUCACAUCGGGACUAUAUAAUCUCACAUCGGGACUAUAUAAUCUCACAUCGGGACUAUAUAAUCUCACAUCGGGACUAUAUAAUCUCACAUCGGGACUAUAUAAUCUCACAUCGGGACUAUAUAAUCUCACAUCGGGACUAUAUAAUCUCACAUCGGGACUAUAUAAUCUCACAUCGGGACUAUAUAAUCUCACGUUCUGACAGCAGACAUGUGUAUGGCGUUUGUACAAUGUAAAAGAAAUGUGCCAUAGAUGCCACAAAGGCCAUAAAGAAAUAUCAUCAAAACAAAUAUUUAAAUAAAUAAAUAUAAAAAUUGUAUGGCAACAUGUGUUUAUAUAAUAUCGUACAAAUGCCAUACAUUUGUAUGUUAGAACGUGACUUUAUCGUUCAAAUGUGAAAAUUAUAUUGCAGACUGUAACGAGAAAUAGCUCUAAUUUUAUUUUGCAUGAGUGACAGCUCUACAUCACCGUACUAUUUAUUUAUUUAUUUAUUUAUUAUCUAAAUCUUUCUGUUGUUUCUCUCUCUCUCUCUCUCUCUCUCUCUCUCUCUCUCUCUCUCCCUACAAACGUGCAUCCUUUGCUUAUUUUAAAUGAAACCUCACCAGAAAACUUCUUUUUCCAGUUUUUGGUGAUUGUGGUGCUUGCCAGGUCUGUAAGCGUUAUCUCCUUCUGCCUCCACACAAACUGGUGAUGCUAAAAGGUCUCCUGUUGCCUGACCUCAUUCUGAAUGUACUUAAUCAGUAACUUUAAACUCUUUAUGGUUGUGCAAAUAUGGUUGUUGCAUGUUGCAACAACUCUAUUUCAGCAACUGUCUGUCUGUACGUAGGCAUGCUUGAUUUAUCUUGGCAGAGAGUGCUCCAAGUGGCCUUGCAAAGACUCUGUUUCAUAAGUUGCCAAACAUUUUAGAGUAGUCUCUUCUAGGUGGUGUUUCUAGGGUUGGCCAACAACAAAAAAGCACACAUGGUAAAUGUUGGAUCAAAAACAGUGGAAAGGACCUGCGAGAUCUAGAUAACGUGUGUUAUCUAAUCAGAUUUACAUUAUAACACAAAAGCAGCCGGCAUCAGCUGUAGGAGACAAACUCCGUUGGGUUAUUUCCCAGAAAUCUAAUCUAAAAUGUUCACCCACUGUUUACAUGCUAUUUGUGUUACUAUUGUGUGUACAUGGAGAACUGGACAAAAUGCAAAUAAAUAGUGAAACCAUG